AAACUUUGGAUCCUUUGAGUUUUGACAACACCCCAACAUGGCAAGCUCCUCCUCCUUUUACAGGGUAAAAACAGACGCUGAUACACCCCAAGAACAAGUGUUCAUUAACUUCCGUGGAGUUGAACUGCGCUACAACUUCGUCAGCCAUCUUGAGAAGGGCUUAAAAAGAAAUGCGAUCAAUGCCUUCAUAGACACAGAUGAAGAGAUGGGCCAAGAAUUGAAUGUUCUGCUCAAAAGAAUAGAAGGUUCGCGGAUAGCGCUAGCUAUAUUCUCUCCAAAGUAUACGGAGUCAAAUUGGUGUUUGAAGGAGCUUGCAAAGAUGAAGGAAAGAAUGGAGCAAAGCAAGCUUGUGGUGAUUCCAAUCUUCUACAAGGUGGAGCCUGCUACUGUUAAAGAACUAAAGGGACAGUUUGGCGAUAAGUUCAGGGAGCUGGUGAAGUCUAUUGACAAGAAGACGAAGAACAAAUGGAAGGAAGCUUUAAAAUCUGUUCCUCUAUUGAUGGGCUUCGUGUUGGAUGAGAAAAGUGAUGAGGACGAACUCAUCACGAAAGUCGUCAAGAUGGUUAAGCAAGUGCUAAAAAGACUUUCACAGGCUUCUCUUAGUCCUCCAGAGUGUGUUGGACUAUCUCCCCAGAGACACCAGGAAAUUCAUGAAAGCCCUUGGGGAAUCAAACACCGACUUAAGCAACUUGAAGAAAAGUUAAAACUUGGAUUCAAGGAAACAACUCGUACCAUUGGUGUGGUUGGUAUGCCUGGCAUAGGUAAAACAACUCUCACUAGGAAGCUGUACGAGAACUUGAAGGAUGGAUUCUUGAGCCACGUGUUAAUCCCAGAUAUCCAUGAAAUUUCAAAGGCAGACGGGUUGCACUACUUGCCUACUAUACUCUUAAAUGGUCUGUUGAAUGUAAACGAUCCCAACAUUGAGACCCUCCAAGCUGCACAUGAAGCUUACAAAGAUCAACUACUAAAAACCAAAGUCUUUGUUGUUCUUGACAAUGUUACUAGCAAGGAACAAAUCGAUGCUCUUCUUGGCAAACGCGACUGGAUUAAGCAGGGAAGCAAGAUUGUUAUUGCAACAAGUGAUAAGUCAUUGAUACAAAGUUUGGUCGAUGAAACUUACGAGGUCCCUCGAUUAAGCGAUAGAGACGCCUUACAACACUUUGUCCAUUAUGCAUUUGAAGAUCAAGAAGUCAACACCCUCAGGCUAGGAAAUUUUUCGAAGUUGUCUAAAGAUUUCGUGCACUACACAAAAGGAAAUCCACUAGCUCUCAAGAUAUUAGGUGCGGAGCUUUUGGGAAAAGAUGAGACUCACUGGAGCUUAAAACUAAAUGCAUUGGAUCAGCAUCAUAAAAGUCCACCAGGACAAAGCACUAGCAAGAUGCUUCACAACGUUUGGAGAGGGAGUUAUGAUGGAUUGAGUCAACAACAGAAAGAUACGCUUCUUGACAUAGCGUGCUUCAAGUCGCUAGAUGAGAAUUACGUAAGGAAUUUAUUGGAUUCAGAUGACCAUUGGAGUAUAAUAGAAGAUCUCGUGAACAAGUUCAUGAUUAAUAUAUAUGGUGGCAAAGUAGAGAUGCAUGAGACAUUGUAUAUGCUCUCAAAGGAACUUGGUCGAGAAGCUACUGCUAUCGAUGGAAAUGGGCGACAUAGGUUGUGGCACCACCACACCAUAACUGAUGUGCUAAAAAAACAAAAGGGAGCUUCUCAUGUCAGAUCUAUAUUCCUUGACUUGUCUGACAUAAUAAGAAAAAUGAGCUUCCACAGCCAUGCUUUUGCCAAGAUGAGAGAUUUAAGAUAUCUCAAAAUCUACAGCACUCAUUGUCCUCAAGAAUGUGAACGUGACAUUAAAUUAAACUUCCCUGAGGGACUCCAGCUACCGUUGAACGAGGUGCGAUAUCUCCACUGGCUGAAAUUCCCGUUGAAAGAAGUUCCACAAGAUUUCAACCCGGAUCAUUUGGUUGACCUUAAGCUUCCUUAUAGCGAGAUUGAACGAGUUUGGGAAGAUAACAAGGAUGCACCAAAACUAAAAUGGGUCAACUUAAAUCACUCAAAAAAGUUGAACACUUUGUCAGGGUUAGGAAAGACUCCAAAUCUUCAAGAAUUAAAUCUUGAAGGUUGCACGGCAUUGAAAGAGUUGCAUGUCGAUAUGGAAAACAUGAAGUGUCUUGUUUCCUUGAACCUGAGAAGAUGCACAAGUCUCGAGUCUCUUUCAGAGAUUAAGUUAAUCUCUUUGAAAACUCUCAUCCUCAGUGACUGCUCAAAACUUAAAACCUUUCAGGUUAUUUCAGAUAAGCUAGAAGUUUUAUACUUGGAUGGCACUGCAAUAAAAGAACUUCCUUGUGACAUUGGGAGAAUCCAAAGACUUGUCUUGUUGAACAUGAAAAGCUGCAAGAAGCUGAAAAGGCUCCCUGACAGUCUUGGUCAGCUGAAAGCUCUUGAAGAAGUUAUUCUCUCUGGUUGUUCAAAGCUCAAUGAGUUUCCAGAAACUUGGGGAAACAUGAGCCGCUUAGAGAUUUUGCUUCUGGAUGAGACAGCCAUAAAAGAGAUGCCAAAGAUACUCUCAGUGCGUCGUUUAUGCUUAAGCAAGAAUGAAAAGAUCAGCCACCUUCCAGAUCUCAUCAAUAAAUUUUCUCAACUUCAAUGGCUUGAUUUGAAGUAUUGUAAGAAUCUUACACAUGUUCCUCAGCUUCCACCAAAUCUUCAGUGUUUAAACGUACAUGGUUGUUGCUCACUGAAGACAGUUGCAAAACCACUGGUAUGUUCUAUACCGAUGAAGCAUAUCAGUUCCACGUUCAUUUUUACUAACUGCAAUGAAUUGGAACAAGCUGCAAAGGAGGAAAUUGUAGCAUAUGCUGAAAGGAAGUGUCAUUUGCUUUCUGGUGCGCUUAAACGAUGUGAUGAGAGUUGUGUUCCUGAGAUUUUGUUCUGCACUAGCUUUCCGGGAUGUGAAAUGCCUUCAUGGUUUUCUCACGACGCAAUUGGAUCUAUGGUGGAGUUCGAGUUACCUCCUCAUUGGAAUCACAAUAGGCUUUCUGGGAUAGCCCUUUGUGUUGUUGUCUCAUUCCAAAACUGUCAAAAUCAUGCCAACUUGACAGUCAAGUUCUCUUGUGAGCCAAAAAAUGGAGAGAGCUCUUGCACCAGCAUUACUUGGAAGGUUGGAAGUUUGAUUGAACAAGACAACCAAGAAGAAACAGUUGAGUCAGAUCAUGUCUUUAUUGGCUACACCAACUGCUUAGAUUUCAUAAAAGUUCUUGAAGACCAAGGUCCUCGUAUAUGUGCUCCGACCAAGGCAUCACUGGAGUUUAGUGUGACAACUGUUACUGGCGGGGAAGCUAGGUUUGAAGUUUUGAAAUCCGGUUUCAGUUUUGUGUUUGAACCUGAAGAGAACAUAGUUCCAUUCCCAAGGAAUGAUGAAGUCAAAGGUAAAACAAAAAUCAACGGAAUUCUAAGUGCUAAUGGUUGUUUCAAGGAUCAAGCAAAAGAAUCUCCCAAGGGCCAGUGGCAGACCUACAUUGAAAGUUCUGGCACUAACAUCCCAGAUGAUUUGGCUAGGACUUUUAGGGUGUCAGGGAUUAAUGGGUUCAACGGGAUUUACUCUGCUUUGCGGGCUUAUAUAAUGUACAACGAUUGAUGUUGAUCUUGGAAUUGACUCCCGAUAGAUGCAAGAUAAAUCGUUUUUCUAGAUUUCCCCUGGACUAGACCGAUAUAAAAGACAAGAUAGAUU